CUUCCAACUGGAGCCUCCUGUUCGCAGCUUCUCUUCGGCAACAGGAAGUUAAUACAACACCAAAAACAGUGCGAUGGCAGACUUCAGGAAGAAGAAACUGAUGUACGUCUUCCACGUAUUCUUUGAUGUCAACAGGAGCGGCACGAUUGACAAGAAGGAUUUUGAGAUGGCCAUUGAGAAAAUCUGCCGCAGCCGCGGCUGGGCCGAGGGCAGCGCGGAGCAGCAGAAGACACGGGGCGCCCUGCUGGAGGUGUGGCAGGCUCUGCAGCAGAGAGCGGACGCUGACAGCGACGGGGAGGUGAGCGAGGCGGAGUGGAUCCAGAUGUGGGACGACUUCGCCAAGGGCGGCGACUCGGCGCUCCAGUGGCAGAGCCGCUACCGGGACUUCAUGUUCCAGCACGUCGACGCCUCAGGUGACGGGAGUAUCGACCUGGACGAGUUCGUCAAAGUCUACACCAGCUACGGCAUCUCAGCAGACGAGUGCAAGAACGCCUUCAGCAAGUUCACCAACAAUCAGACUGUGAAGGUUACACCGCAAGUCUUCGAGAAGCUGUGGAGGGAAUUCUUCUCUUCAACGGACCCUCAAGCUCCAGGAAACUUCAUCUUUGGCAAAACUUCAUUCGAUUAG